AUGUUCAUUAUCUCUCAAUUUCAGGAUAAGCUACAUCCCAUUUUGAGUUGUUCCCGAAAUAUUCUUCAGGCUCAUAUUGAUUUUUCUGGGGUGUCAAACGUCAAUGCACGAGAAAAUAUCCUUCAGUUGGCACUUGGGAACGAGAGCACUUUCAACGAUCCCGAUAUCGAUGUGAUACUUGUUGGAACUAAGGUGAUGUACUUUUCUCGAGUUCUUAGGAAGGAGAAGGCAAUUAUCGUACCGAAGGAGUGGUGUAGUAAUUUGGGAGCUAAGCAGGUCUUCACUUCAUCUCCGGUUGCACAGAAAUUAAUGGAAUGUUACAAACCGAACAUAAACCUUGAAAACGAAGCGAAAUCCAUUACAAAGUCAUUGAGACUACUUCGUGACUCAUUUCGAAGAGAGAAUAUUCCACUCGUGAUGACAUAUGGCUCCUUACUAGGAUCACUACGAUAUCAUCACAGAACUUCAUUCGAUUCUGACUAUGACAUGUCUGUGAGGCACGAUGACUGGCCACGAAUCGAAAAAAUUCUGACUAAACAUGCCUUCAAUUCCAGUAAUCGAAUGCGGAUAUUAGAUUUAAGGCCUGUCACGGGUUGCCUGCAACUAGGAUUGGCAUGUGCGAAAAAUGACAGUUGGCGUGAUCCCACUCUAUGGACUUCAUUUGGUGAUAAAUUAACGUUUAGCAAAGGAUAUCCAGUUGCGCAUAGUUGGGAACCGUACAAAGCUUUCAUGAGUGAUUGUGGAGUCUAUAUUGACUUCUACUUUCGUGCAUCGGAUAGUGAACAAUUCGAGACAUAUCCUGAUGGAACGGUAUUAUACCGUCCAAUUGAAGGAACCCUCAUGCAAGCUGUGACCAAUUAUCUGCCGUUUCUUGAAAAUUAUUAUAGUUCAAAUAUUGAACUUUGUGUGGCUAAAACUGAUUACUAUUGGAAGGCUGAACAUACUAAAUUACCCGGUACUGUAAAAACAUGUCUGUACCUUGUGCUUGGUUGGAUACUAUAUAUCCCCGAGUCUACAAAAUUGAUGUACCAGAGAAGGGCUUGA